AUGGCCAACCACACUGUGGACACAGAUUUCUUCCUCAUGGAAUUUCCCCGCGGCAAGCAGCUCCAGGUACUCCAGGUCUUUCUGUUUUUGCUGAUUUAUUUGGUGUCCCUCAUGGGGAACCUUCUCAUCAUCAUGCUUGUCACUGUUGACCAGUGCCUUCACACCCCCACGUACUUCUUCCUGAAGAGCUUGUCCUUCCUUGAUGUGUGCUUCAUUUUAGUCAUAGUCCCAAAGCUCAUUCUUAGCUCUUUGUCUCACAGUCACACUCUCUCUUUCCCAGGUUGUAUGUGUCAAAUCUUCUUCGUUGUUUCCUUUGCUGCAUCUGAAAUUUUCAUCCUCACAGACAUGUCCUAUGACCAUUAUGCGGCCAUCUGUGGCCCACUACACUAUAAUGCCAUCAUAGACAGGGAAGUCUGUAUGCAGAUGCUAGCUGCCUCUUGGCUAUUUGGAAUUGUCUUUGAGUUCCUAUAUUCAUAUGGCACCUUCUCUUUAUCGUUCUGUAGAUCCAGAACAUUGACACAGUUCAUCUGUGAUGUCGACUCUCUACUGAAGAUUUUCUGCUCAAUGAUGCAUGCUACCAUGGACAUAAGUGUCAUCAUGGAAUCCUGUAUAGAUUUCUCUGUUCAGUGUCCAUAG